AUGGCAGAAACCACCAAGGUCCACGAGAACGAUGUCGAGAUGGCGGGCGAGAUCACCAUAACUGUCUCUGCCCCCAGGGAUUGCAAUGCAGCUGCGGACGGCAGAAAGACUCGAGACCUUCAUACACAAUCUCAAGACUUGGCAGUUCCUUGUGUUGGUGACGUUUUUCGUCCUCCUCAUGGGUACCAUUUUUAUCUUCGCUAUCCUGUUACCGAUUGGAAGUCCGCAAGAUUCUCAUGCUGGGUGAUUCACGGCACCUCUUUCUCUGCAUUAGAUUUUGGUGGGAUGCCACGGCUGAGGCAAAGCUGGAUUGGCUACGGCUCAUCGAUGUUUGUUUCUAGUGAAUCCGCCGACUAA